AUCAGAGAAAGUGCAGCAUUGACCAGAGAUGUACUUGAGCAACAUUUUAAUGAUUUAAAAGGGACCCUAAAGAAGCUGUUGGAUGAGCGACUGAUGUCACUGCUGCAGGAAGUGGAUACUAUAGAACAAGAGAGCAUCAAGCCCUUGGAUGAAUGCCAGAAGCUAAUAGAGCACGGAGUCAGUACAGCCGAUGAUCUGCUCCGGGAAGGAGAGAGUGCAGUCCAUGGAGAUGUGGGACAACAGAAUGAGAAACUUUGCAACUUUACAAAAAAAGCUUUACAUAUUCAGCUAGAUAGCUUACCAGAAGUGCCCUCCUUGGUUGACGUGCCUUGUUUAUCUGCCCAGUUGGACGACUGCCUUCUUACUAUAUUGAAAAAUCAAAUAUUCAGACAUGGAACUGUGGCAUCUCGCCCACCUGUACAGCUAGAGGAAUUUGUUGAGAAGCCUGGAGGUAUUUUAGUCCGAUGGUGUAAGGUGGAUGAUGACUUCAUCCCACAAGAUUACCGACUGCAGUAUCGUAAGAGUACUGCCGGACACUUUGAAGAUGUUUAUGUUGGCUCAGAGACAGAGUUCAUAGUGCUGCAUAUCGAUCCUCACGUCGAUUACCAGUUCCGAGUCUGUGCCCGAGGAGACGGACGGCAAGAGUGGAGUCCGUGGAGCGUUCCUCAGACGGGCUGUACCACGCUGGUUCCCCACGAAUGGACAACUGGUUUGGAGGGUUACAGCUUGAGCAGUCGAAGAAACAUAGCUCUUCGAAAUGAUUCUCAGUCAUGUGGUGUGCUCUACUCCAAAGCUCCUACUUACUUCUGUGGGCAAACAUUAACGUUCAGAAUUGAAACGGUGGGACAGCCAGACAGACGAGACAGCCUAGGAGUGUGUGUGGAGCAGCAGAACGGCUACGACUCUUUGCAGCGGGAUAAAGCCGUGUGCAUUAGCACAAAUGGGGCAGUAUUUGUAAAUGGAAAAGAGAUGACAAACCAACUGCCUGCUGUUACUUCUGGAUCAACUGUGACAUUUGACAUGGAAGUUGUGCAGUUGGGGCCUUCCAGCAACGAGGGAGGAAACUUCAAGCUUCGAGUAACCAUUAGCUCUAACAACAGAGAAGUGGUCUUUGACUGGGUACUUGAUCAGUGCUGUGGGGCUUUGUAUUUUGGAUGUUCAUUUUCAUACCCAGGCUGGAAAGUUUUGGUGUUUUAGCAGUGAGUGAAGGGAUUUUUGUUCUUGAUAUCAAGUGUAAUGUUAAAACCUGGGUUU